UCCGAAUGGUUUUCGAACGUUUUGAAAACCACGGGAUAAACAUCAACCCGGAUAAAUGCAAAUUUGGUCAGCCAACCGUCGAAUUUCUCGGUCACAAGAUCGAUGGUGAAGGUAUUAAACCCCUUCCGGAGAAAUCUCAAGCAAUCCUCGACUACCCGAUGCCACAAUCUGUCCGAAGCCUUCGCCGAUUCCUCGGUAUGAUCAACUACUACGGCAGAUUCAUUCCCAACUGUGCUGAUUUACUUCACCCGCUUACCGACUUAUUGAAAGGAAACUCAAAGACGUUUACGAUAACCCCAGAAGUUGAAGCCGCUUUCACGGCCGUCAAGCAGAAGUUCAGUGAGGUCACCUCUCUCCAUCACUUGAACACCACGGAGGACGCUACACUUGUCCUUAAGACGGAUGCUUCAAGUUCUGCUGUCGGUGCAGUUUUGCAACAGUUAGUUGAUAACGAAUUUCAACCACUGUCUUUUUUCUCACGGAAGCUUCAACCUGCUCAGGUCAGGUACAGCACCUUUGGUCGUGAACUGCUCGCCAUGUACUUGGCUGUGAAACAUUUCCGUCACCUUUUAGAAGGACGUCGUUUCAUUCUCUUGACAGAUCACAAGCCACUGGUGUAUGCCUUCCGUUCUUCCUCAGACCGUUACUCACCCCGAGAAACGCGUCAUCUGGACUAUCUUUCACAGUUUUGUGUUGAUGUUCGUUAUAUCGACGGUCCUAACAACGUUGUUGCCGAUGCAUUGUCCCGCGCUCAUGUGAAUCAACUGUCAUCGACACCCAUCGACUUGGAGAGAAUAGCGGCCGCCCAAAACGAUGAUCCUGAGCUCGUUCAACUUCGUUCAAACUCCUCAUUGAAAGUCACCCAACUGCCCGUACUUAACUCUGACAUAAGAGUUUACUGUGAUCUUUCAACCGGUAAGCCUAGACCCUUUGUCCCACAAUCAUUUCGCCGAACCAUUUUUGAUCAUUUUCACGGUUUUUCACACCCAAGUAUCCGCUCCACCGUAAAACUCAUUACCGACCGCUUCCUCUGGCCCAAUAUGCGUUCAGACAUUAGACAGUGGGCUAAACAUUGCCUUAGUUGCCAAACUAGUAAAGUGCAUCGUCACACAGUCACCACCCCAGGUACAUUUUCACUCCCUGACGCUCGUUUUAGACACGUGCACGUAGAUAUUGUUGGCCCUUUACCUCCUUCCAACGGUUUCACUCAUCUUCUAACAUGUGUUGACCGUUUUACCCGUUGGCCACAAGCUGUUCCCUUACGUGAUACCUCUACCGAAUCUGUAUCCCGUGCUUUUGUUGAAUCUUGGAUUUCGCUGUUUGGUGUUCCAUCCACCAUCACUACCGACAGAGGGGCUCAGUUCAGUUCCACACUGUUCCGCGAUCUGAGUCGUUUAUUAGGCUGUACUCACAUGAGAACAACCGCGUACCACCCCGCUGCCAAUGGCCUCGUCGAGCGCUUUCAUCGACAAUUAAAAGCUGCCAUCAUGGCUACUUCGUCCGACUCACGCUGGUCUGAGCGUCUACCUGCGAUCCUCCUUGGUAUACGCAAUACAAUCAAAGAGGACAUUGGGUGCUGCCCUGCAGAACUCGUGUUCGGGACGACCCUCAGACUACCUGGGGAGAUGGUACUGGACUCUCGCACCACCGGCGAACUAGACCCCUUCUCGUACGCUGAACGCCUCAAACAGCAUUUUCGAUCCAUUCGACCAACGUCUACGCGGCCUAACCUACGUAAACAGCAAGUCCACCCCGAUUUGCACAAGUGUCCGUUUGUUUUCAUCCGCGUCGACGCCGUCCGAAGACCUUUAACUCCGCCCUAUGACGGCCCGUACCAGGUUUUGUCACGGAAACCGAAGUAUUUCGUGUUGAAUAAGAAUGGAUCAAAGGAAUCCGUGAGCAUCGACCGACUCAAGCCAGCUUACGUCGAAACUACAGUCGAUAGUAAAGACCCCGUUUCCUCCCCUCAGCAUACCCCCGCCCCUGACUCAUUACCCCCUACCCAACGACACACUGACGCUAGUACAUUGAGUCCUCCGUGCCCUACGACUACACGCAGCUCCAAACACACACGUUCUGGUCGUGUUGUUUCUUUUCCACAUAAGCUUGCUCAAUACGUUCCGUAGGCACUUGUCGAGCGUUUUCUUAGUGCACGCUCUAGGGGGGAGUACUGUAGCGAUUGUAAAUAAUUUGCUUAUUUUGCAUUUUCACGUUUACCUAUUUCGCUGCAGUUGUUGUACAGCUUUGUUUUAAUUAACUGUAUAUACACACACUUGGUUACGCGCUCGCCUUCCGUGGUUCUUCCUUGGUUGCCGCUGGAUUGUUGUGAUUGUGCGCAUCGCUGCCUGCUUGGUUCACGAUCGGACUCUACGUACACGUACAUUUCGGCAUACCUCGGGAUUUACGGCCGUCCGACGCUAAGGUGCAUCAGGAUACUUUAUAUGUGAGGU